UCGUCGUCCCCCACCCCGGCCGCGCGGGCACGCCGAUCGACCACACGAGGGAGGGAGGGUCAUGCGGCCGGCGGCCGUGCGCGGCGCGCCGCAGUGGCUGCGCGGCCUGCUGUCAGAGGAGUUCUUCGACGCGUGCGCCGCGCACCCGGGCGAGCGUAAGAACGACAAGAACCUCUUCUGCGUCGACUGCGCCACCGCGCUCUGCCGCCACUGCCUCCCCCACGAGCCCGCCCACGACGUCCUCCAGAUCUGGAAGUACGCGUCCUGCUUCGUCGUGCGCGUCGACGAUCUCAGGCUGUUCGACUGCGCCGGCAUCCAGUCGCACGCGGUGAGCGACCACGAGGUGGUGUUCCUGAACGAGCGCACGGCGAGGAAGCGCUCGGCGAGCGCGGAGAACCCCUGCGCGGCGUGCGCCCGCCCGCUGGCGUCCGGCCACGACUACUGCUCCCUCUUCUGCAAGGUGAAGCAUCUGGGGGAGAGCGAGCACGGGCUGCGGCGCGCGCUGCGCGUCCGCCGGCAGGAGGAGGCUGCCGCGCCGGAGCCGCAGGGCGGGAAGCGGAGGUCGUCGCCGGCGUCGGACGCGGGGCCGAGCUGCGGCGGGUCGUUGCGGAAGCGGAGCCGGAAGCAGCCCGAGCCGGAACGAGCACCGUUCUGUUGACACAGUCGUCCCGGCCGUGGGCUGCCCGCGUUUCGUGGCUGGGCUGUUGCAUGCUGCCUUCCUUGCGUGGGGUCCGUUUGGUUCCCAUUCCCAAGUGAUUUGUGUUUUGGGAUCUUUUGAGGGGGU